AAACGGAUCUGUGCAUCAGAAGGAUGGGUUAAACGAUGAUGACUUUGAACCCUACUUGAGUCCCCAGGCCAGGCCGAAUAAUGCAUACACUGCAAUGUCCGAUUCCUACUUACCAAACUACUACAGUCCCUCCAUUGGAUUCUCCUACUCCUUAGGCGAAGCUGCCUGGUCUACAGGGGGUGAUCCCCCCAUGCCCUACCUAACCUCUUACGGACAGCUGAGCAACGGGGAGCCUCACUUUCUCCCAGAUGCGAUGUUCGGGCAGCCAGGGGCCCUUGGCAGCACUCCAUUUCUCGGGCAGCACGGCUUUAACUUCUUUCCAAGCGGGAUUGACUUUUCGGCUUGGGGGAAUAACAGUUCUCAGGGACAAUCCACUCAAAGCUCUGGCUAUAGUAGCAAUUACGCCUAUGCCCCUAGCUCGCUGGGUGGAGCGAUGAUCGACGGGCAAUCUGCCUUUGCUAACGAGACUCUGAACAAGGCUCCUGGCAUGAACACCAUCGACCAAGGGAUGGCAGCUCUGAAGCUGGGCAGCACAGAUGUUGCGAGCAGCGUCCCGAAAGUCGUUGGUUCGGCUGUCGGUAGCGGAUCCAUUACCAGUAAUAUCGUGGCAUCUAACAGUUUGCCUCCGGCUACUAUCGCUCCUCCAAAGCCGACCUCCUGGGCUGACAUCGCUAGCAAACCGGCUAAGCAGCAGCCCAAGCUGAAGACCAAGAAUGGCAUUGCAGGUUCAAGUCUUCCACCACCUCCGAUAAAACAUAACAUGGAUAUCGGAACUUGGGAUAACAAAGGGCCUGUGGCAAAAGCCCCGGCGCAGGCUUUAGUUCAGAAUAUUGGUCAGCAGCCAGCCCAGGUGUCCCCCCAGCCUGUGGCCGCACCCGGUCUUGGAGAAGUUGAGAUCCAUCAACAACUACAACCCCAAGGAUUUUGACUGGAACCCAAAACACGGCCGGGUUUUCAUCAUUAAGAGUUACUCUGAGGACGAUAUCGUGGCAGUGGGUUCGGUCAAAACGGAGUGGACGGUAACGGAGUGGGACAGUCUCAGGCCAGUUCUGGUUCUGCUCCUUCGGAGCCGCACCCGGUCUUGGAGAAGUUGAGAUCCAUCAACAACUACAACCCCAAGGAUUUUGACUGGAACCCAAAACACGGCCGGGUUUUCAUCAUUAAGAGUUACUCUGAGGACGAUAUCCACCGUUCCAUUAAAUAUAACAUCUGGUGCAGUACAGAGCACGGCAACAAGAGACUGGAUGCCGCCUAUCGCUCCAUGAAUGGGAAGGGCCCUGUUUACUUACUGUUCAGUGUCAACGGUAGCGGUCACUUCUGCGGAGUAGCAGAAAUGAAAUCUGCUGUGGACUAUAACACGUGUGCGGGUGUGUGGUCCCAGGACAAGUGGAAGGGACGUUUUGAUGUCAGGUGGAUUUUUGUGAAGGACGUUCCCAACAGCCAGCUGCGGCACAUCCGCCUAGAGAACAACGAGAAUAAACCAGUGACCAACUCCAGGGACACUCAGGAGGUGCCUCUGGAAAAGGCUAAGCAGGUGUUGAAAAUCAUUGCCACCUACAAGCACACCACCUCCAUCUUUGAUGACUUCUCACACUAUGAGAAACGCCAAGAGGAGGAGGAAAAUGUUAAAAAGGAACGCCAAGGCCGUGUCAAGUAAAAGGCCAUUCCUCCCACAGAGACUGCAGCAGAGAUUACAUCCCAGCUAUCUUUCAGAGGGAGAAAGAAAGAGCAAAAAUAUUUCAGAGAGAAAUUAGGACUU